UUAUCAAAAAGAAAAAAGGAAGAUGCUCUCCUAAGUACUUUACCUUUGCUGCUUUACAUUCUCGUCCGAGUGUGUCGAUUCUCGCACAGUCGCACCUCUCUGCAAUUGCAUUUGCUUUGAAGUUCAAACUCGCUUUGGUAAUGGCGAUUACAAAAGAAGCCACACCGCCUCCGAUGAUCGGUAAAGUUGGGAGGUACACUGUGUUCAUCACUCCUCCAGCGACCCCAAAACCCACUUUCAGCCCUUCAGCCACUCCAAGAGCCCCUCUUACUCCUCUGGCCACUUCGAAACCCUCUGAGCCACCUGUCGAGUCGCCGAAGAUUCCGUCUCCGAAAAAGGUGGUUCUACCCCCGGUUCAGCCUCUGCCGCAGCAGUUCGAAAAGUCUCGGACGACGAGGAAUUCGUCUGUGGUUGGUUUCUUCUCGGAUGCCAUUGUUAAAGUGCAAAAUGCACAUUCGAGCUUAGAUAAAUAUUUGGCGGACUGGUUCGGGUUGAACCAGUCGAAGUAUCAAUGGGCAUUGAACGAUUACUAUGAAACCAAGGGAAUGGAAAGUCAAGACACAAAAACAAAAGAGUUAGCUGGCAAGGGGCAGAGUGUUUAAUAUGUUCUUUCAACAGGGCUUCAAGGCAAGGAGGUUGUGCAUUAGAAACAAUCUGUAGUAAAUCUAAAAGAUGGAAGGUCAGAAAUUUCUUUGGCUGAAGGGAUCUUCGUCCAAACCAAUCAGCUAACAGAGUGCUGUCUGCUUACUGUAUUGUAAACCAUGCAUCUCCUCAGAGGUGGUUUAUUUGUAUUAAUCAUUUUGUUCAUGUUUUUAAUUGAACAAGCACCAAAUAUAGUUGUUAAGAGAGACUGAGCUUGUGAAUCCUGACAACUUGUUAAAUUAUUUUUAUAUGUAAUAUAAAGCAAGGUUCAAAGUGUUUGUAUCA